ACGUUGCGUAGUAAUUAAAAUUAAGUUUGAUCAUUAUUUCAUGUCUAGUAUAAAAUUGGGGCAGUAACAUUAUCUAAUUAAUUCCAUAUGAUUUCAUAAUUAAACUUGUCUAAUUUGAUUUGAAAAUGGCAAGACGAUUAAGCAUUUCUUCUAUCCUCCUCCUACCUAUUGCGUUUUUAUGGAUUCUUGUCACUGUAAAUUCUUCCCUUGAAAAUUGGCCAAAUCAUGGAGGUGACCUACAAAACAUGAGAUAUGCUUCAAAAGAGACCAAGAUUGGUCCAAAAACUGUUCAAAAUAUGAAACUAAAGUGGAUAUUUGAGGCUCAAAAUGAUAUAACAGCAACACCAGCAAUAUAUAAUGGAAUUUUAUACUUUCCUAGUUGGGAUGGCUAUAUAUAUGCAGUUAAGGCUUCUAGUGGUUCCCUAGUGUGGAAGCAGUUCAUUCAAGACCUCACUGGUAUCCCUUCGACGGGCUUAAUUGUUAAUGUGAAUGUGACCGUGGCUCGGGCAACACCUACGGUGGCUCCGGACUUGGGUUUACUUAUUGUUGGCCUUUAUGGACCGUGUUAUGUGCUUGGUCUAAGAAUCAACGACGGUUCACUGGCUUGGAUGACUAAAUUGGACGCUCAUAUUGAUAGUCUUAUUACCAUGUCCGGGACAUACUCCAACAGGGCCUUUUACGUGGGGGUAUCAUCACUAGAAGAAGAAAGAAGCAUAGAAGAAUGUUGCCACUUUCGUGGUAGCUUUGUUAAAAUAGACGCUAAAACUGGUGUCAUACUCUGGAAAACGUACAUGUUACCUAAUAACAAUGGACAACGAGGGGAGUAUGCCGGGGCAGCAAUUUGGGGAAGUAGUCCACCCAUCGACGUACCAAGAAAACUUGUGUACAUAGCCACCGGGAACCUCUACUCCGCCCCACAACGAAUUAGAGAUUGCUCGGAAAGAGAAAACAACCAAACAUUCCCUACUAACACGACGUCGUGUGUAGAGCCUGAAAAUCACUCUAAUUCAUUUUUGGCCUUGGAUUUAGACACAGGAAACAUAAAAUGGUAUCACCAAAUAGGUGGAUAUGAUGUUUGGUUCUUUGCUUGUCAUAAUAUCUCUAGUAGUCCUGAUUGUCCUCCAGGGCCUAACCCUGAUGCUGAUUUUGGUGAGGCACCGAUGUUACUUACUGUUAAGAUUAACUCUACUAGGAAGGAUAUUGCAGUUGCUACUCAAAAAAGCGGGUUCACUUGGGCUCUUGAUAGGGAUACUGGGGACCUAGUUUGGAGUACGGAAGCUGGACCAGGAGGAUUGGGAGGAGGUGGUAUUUGGGGAUCAGCCACAGACGGAAAAAGAGUAUACACCAACAUAGCCAACACCGAUCAACAGAAUUUCAUCCUUAGUCCUUCUAACAAAAGCACUACCGCAGGUGGAUGGGUGGCAAUGGAAGCUUCAACUGGUAAGGUGUUAUGGUCUUUAGGGAACCCUAGCAAUGCCUCCACACAAGGCCCUGUCACGGUGGCUAAUGGGGUGGUUUUUGCGGGAUCAACCAAUAACGUAACAGGACCUAUUUAUGCCAUUGAUGCAAAGGUUGGUAAUAUUUUAUGGUCAUAUGAUACGGGAGCUACCAUCUAUGGAGGUGUAUCAGUGAGUGAUGGGUGCAUUUACGUUGGUCAUGGAUAUAAAGUAGGGUUAGGAUCAUUUAAUCCUGCUUUUAGCACAGGAAAAUCAUUGUUUUGUUUUUGUGUGGACUAAGAUUAAUAUAAUCAAAAGUUGCACUUAUAUGAUAACAUUGUCAUGUAAUAAUAUCAACAUAAUAUAAAGCAUACAACUAACAAAUGGAUGUUGCUAAUAAUAGUCAAAUAUGUUGCUCUGUUGCCUCUGUAUGUAAGUACACAAUACAUUGAUUAUCUUGCCAUACCUGCCUAUUGAUAGCUUCAUGAAUAUCAUGACAUGUACACAACAAUAUAAUAAGCUCAGACUGCUUGCUAAUUUAACUUCCAACUAAGAUGAGAUCAAACCCGUCAUCCAAGUAUAUAAUUUUUCCUAGUAUUUGCUGCUUGGGUAAAUUUAUAAGCUGAACUGUUAAAUUCCGUAGUGGCUCGAUAACACUUACAGAGGAAGCAUUGUUAAGCCCAAACAAAACUAUAUGAUACAUAGAAAACAACAGGAACUUAGAAACCAAUACCUGUAAGCCCCGUACUUGAAAGCUGGCACUUGGGAAUUGGGAUCCAAAAAGUUGCAUAUAUCAAGUCUAUCGACCCACUAACAUUUGGUAUGGUAUCUGUCACUUAAGGCAUUACCUACCUGAAACCACAAAUCCUCACAAGCAGAGGAUCUCCUUGGAAGCUUGAACAAUGACCUACAGAAGCGACAUUAUCAUCCACCGUGCAUCUGCUGUUUCAAGUUCAUCAUUGGUUAUAAAAUCCCA